CCAACACGAUAAACAGAAACUAAAAUAAUGAAUGUCAUUAAUACUUCCACUUCUAAAGAUCCAGCUAAAUUAAAGCUGUCACAACAUCAUAUUCAGCUUUACAUGUGAUAGGUAUAAGUCAUUGGAGCUCUCUUUGCACAGAAAGAUACAUUGGAUCAGAUUGUUAUGGAGGAACAACCAGAACUGAAUGACAUUAAGACAGUGGAUAAAGAAAAACUUUCAUCACAUCCUGUGGAUUCCUCACAACAGCUAAACACACCAUUUACUAAUGAUGUAGAUUCAGAUGCGGCCUUUAGCGCCUCCUGUCUGACCACAGCGGAACUGCAGCAGCAUUGGAGAGCCGUUAAGCAGGAGUUCAGGAGCGUUAAACUGCUGUUUGAAAUUCCCACAGCGCGAAUCAUCGAACGAACAACGUCUAAAUAUGUGGUGUACCAGAUUGUGGUGCUUCGCUCAGGCAGUUACGACUGGGAGCGUGUAGCUAUUGAGCGACGCUACUCCGACUUCCUCCACUUCCACCAGGAGCUCCUGCUAGACUUCAGCGAGGAGAUGGAGGACCUUGUGAUGCCCAGGAAGAGAAUGACAGGAAACUUCUCAGAAGAGAACAUCUCAGAGCGGCGUGUUGCCCUCCAAGACUAUCUUACUCAACUCUACUCCCUCCGCUAUAUCCGUCAGUCACCAACUUUUCAAGCGUUUUUCACUCAUCAGGAACUAAAAACAGCAUAUGACCUGCUGCGUGGAGGCCGCUUUUCUCUGGCCCUUGAGGGCCUCCAGAAGGUGCUUGUACUUCAGGACAAAUUGUCUUCUUAUGACUCUACUGUGGUGAUACCAACGUUAUGUGCCAUACUGGUGUGCCAGAGGGAUUUAGAGGACUUCAAUGCUGCUUUUGAAACCGGCCGCCAGGCUCUGCCCACAGUGAGGCGCUAUAACCUGCGCCGCUAUCAGGCGCCCCUGCUGGAGGCUCUUGUUGAUUUGGGUUACAGUCUUGACCUGCCUGUGGCCCAAUUACAAGAAGAACUGACCAGAGUAAGAAACUCUCCACAUGGGCAUAUGUCACAGAUGUCCAUCAAAGAACUGGUGGUACAAGAGUUUGUGUAAUCACUAACAACUGUAAAUUUGCUGAGCUAUUGCUCAGAUUUAGGGUUAGGGAUUUUUCAAAACCGUCCCAAAACAUUUCCGCUACGGACAUGAAUGGUUCAUCAAAUCAUGUGGCUAAUGACCGCAUCUAUCACAUAAUGGGUCCACAGAAGGGAACAUCUUCGAGAGCUUUAGUUUAGACAGGUGAAGUCUAUGUAAGAUCUUGAAUUGUAUUAAACCAUGUCUAAUAAAAAAAGACGA